AUAUUUUUGUACAGCCCUGGCAGUGCUCAAACACCGGACUUGAAUUAUAUUUGAAACUUACUAAAACCAAAACCCAAAAGCGGCAAAUAUCGAAUCUCGAAGUGGAACACAUUCGGCCGAGCAGGGGUCAAAAGCGCAAAAAGCAUUUUGAAAACAAUCAUGAAAUGGCUUAAGGUUAACUUUGGUGAGAAAGUGGCUGAAGCGGCUCUCCAGCGGCAGCAACAGGCGACGACCGGCGACGAUACAAUGCCCUCGGCCCUAAGUGGCGGCGCCCACGGGCAGGUGCAUAUACCCAGCAAUGAGGAGUGCGGCAUACGCGACGUGUGGAAGCAUAAUCUGGAGGAGGAAUUUCGCACCAUACGCAAGGUGGUCCAGAAAUAUCAUUAUGUUGCCAUGGACACGGAAUUUCCGGGUGUUGUCGCCCGUCCCGUUGGCGAUUUUCGUUCGACAGCCGAUUAUCAUUAUCAAUUGUUGCGUUGCAAUGUCGACUUGCUGCGUAUCAUUCAGCUGGGUCUGACAUUUAUGGAUGAUGAGGGCAAAACUCCGCCAGGCUACUCCACAUGGCAGUUUAACUUCAAGUUCAAUCUGAGCGAGGAUAUGUAUGCACAGGACUCGAUUGAUUUGCUGCAAAAUUCUGGCAUACAAUUUAAGAAGCACGAAGAGGAUGGCAUCGAUCCCAUCGAUUUUGCCGAGCUCCUAAUGAGUUCGGGCAUUGUGCUAAUGGAUAACAUCAAAUGGCUAUGCUUUCACUCUGGCUAUGAUUUUGGUUAUUUGUUGAAGCUGCUCACCGAUCAGAAUCUGCCCGCCGAUGAGAGUGAAUUUUUUGAGCUGUUGCACAUCUAUUUUCCCAACAUCUUCGAUAUCAAAUAUCUAAUGAAAUCGUGCAAGAAUCUAAAGGGUGGCCUGCAGGAGGUCGCCGAUCAGCUGGAGUUGCGUCGCGUUGGUCCACAGCAUCAGGCCGGUUCGGAUGCCCUGCUCACUGGAAUGGCAUUCUUUAAAAUGCGUGAGAUGUUCUUCGAGGAUAAUAUUGAUCAUGCCAAGUAUUCGGGUCACUUGUAUGGCCUGGGCACAUCGUUUAUUGUGAACGGCACCAACUUCCAUGAGAGCAACGGCGAGGCGAAUAAUGCCUCAUGAUUCAUCCUGAUGAAGAACGCCGUUGUGCAUGACAAGAAAUUCGAUCAAGUUGCUGAAGCUGCACCGACGACGACGACGACGACGACAACAACUAUCUCUGUCCUUCCAACCAACGUAUAAACAGGCAACUAUAACAUUCAGCAAAACACAAACAACAUUAAACAACAAGAAUGAAGAGGAAGAAGAACAACAACAACAAAAAAACGAUAUGCAACCAAACAAAUUUGCAAUUACGCUAUCGCAAUAAACAACAAUUUAAUUACACGAAAUUUUCUACGCUUUUCAAGAGAAUUUCCACACUCAGUAGUAGAUGUUUUACAAUAUAAAUAUACAUAAACAUAAAAACAAGAAAUACAAAAAAAAAUUGUAA